AUGGCCAAAGUGUUCUCCAGGUUAUACCAAAAUGUGAAGCCAUUAUCUUUAUGUUUGGGAAAUAAGAAGAUUUUACUGGGUGAGACAAUCGGUGCCAGGCCAGAGAGGCUUGGGUCACCCACUACCACAAGGAGACUCGGUACCACUUCUGUCCCACAUAACAGCUUCCCGCGUCCUAAACUUUCACCCCAGGAAGUGACUCAGAUUCUGCGUCAAAAUGAAGGAGUGGUGCAGGUGAGUGGAGUGGGAGACCAGGAGUGGGUGUCAGGAGAGAUAGUACCAGCAGCAACCUACUCCAUAGAUUCUAUAGAUUCCAAUCAACUGGCAUCUAACUCUCCAACAGAAGACAAACUGGCAUCUGCUCGAUGUCUUCAUACCACUGGUUAUCUGUUUGGUGUUUUUGAUGGUCAUGGAGGUCCUGAGUGCAGUCAAGUGGUGGCCAAGAGGUUGUUUGAUUAUGUUGCUGCAUCAUUGUUGCCUCGUGCAGAGUUGCGCCGUGUUGUGUCAGAGUGGAAGGCUGGCUGUCCUGUUCCCCUCACCAUGGUAUAUAAUGACCCAUCGCAGUUUGUCUCAGAACUACAGGAAAUAUAUGAAGCAUCCCUCAUGAGGUACUGUGACAAUUUGCUGAAUUCUAUUACUCAGGACUUCAGUAUGGAGGAGGCACUAAUAGGUGCAUUCCUUCAACUGGACAGUGACCUGAGUCGGGAGGUAUUAGAAAAUCAACAUUCAUCUGUGCUGGAGCCUUUGCUUCGAGUUGCUGUGUCAGGGUCUGUAGCAUGUGUAGCACAUGUGGAUGGUCCUCACCUCCAUAUAGCCAAUGCAGGAGAUUGUGGAGCAGUGUUAGGAAUACAAAGACAAGGUGCAGGAGGAGGCUGGCAAGCUCUUCGUCUUACAAAUGAUCACUCUUGGGAAAAUUCCUCUGAAGUAGAUCGAGUAUUGUCAGAACAUCCUCCAUCUGAAGCAGAUUAUGUAGUGAGAAAUCAGAGACUUCUUGGAAUGCUUAUGCCCUUUAGGGCCUUUGGGGACUUUCGUUUUAAAUGGGAUAGAGAUACACAGGUCAAUGUAAUUCAGCGCUAUGCAGGGCCUAAUAAUAUAAUUCCUCAUUGCCUGACACCACCAUACCUCACUGCUUUGCCUGAAGUGUCUUAUCAUCGCUUGCGACCAUAUGACAAGUUUUUACUCAUGGCUUCAGAUGGUCUCUGGGAAUGUAUGAGUGCUUUAAAUUCUGUCACUUUGAUUGGAGAAUACAUGAGUGGCCGUCAGACUCUGCAACCAGUGCGAUUUCCUCGACAAGCUAUAACUUUAAGAGAGAUUGCACAUUUAUUAGAGCAACGUCAGAAAGGUUUGUGUCUCAAACCUGUCGACACAAAUGCAUCUACACAUCUAAUACGCCAUGCUCUAGGGGGUUCUGACGCAGGCUUAGACCAUGCACGUCUCUCACAUUCACUCACACUCCCACCUGAGGUGCGGCGUUAUUUCAGGGAUGACAUCUCUAUUCAUGUCAUAUUCUUUGAUUCAAACUUCUUGAGAGUAUGUCCUGUAGAGAUUUAAGUUAUAAUUAUGUAUUCUUUCUUGUUUUGAUUUGGAAUUGCUUAGUUUUGCUCAACAGAAAUUGAGGCAGAAGUCACAGCUAAAGUUGAAAUAUCAUCCUUUAUGAAGAAAUAUGUAUGAUGGUUAAGAACAUAAGAUAAUUAAUUUGGCCACUUCCCAUCAUAUAGGUAAUAUCCUGGUGCUAUAUAUUAACUCUAUAUGUUUUAGCUCUUUUGGGGGCUGCUCGUCUAUACUGUAUAGGUUACUAACUUAGAACUGGAUGGAAUGGGAUAAACGUUUUGUAUAUUACCUUCUGUAUACUCAUCUCAAGGUUUGCAUCAGAGUACAUUUGCAGGGAUUAUUCAUUAAAAAGGGAAAAGUAUUUGACAUCUACAGUUAUAAAGGAUUAUAAAUACAUUACCUUUCAUGUACUUCAGGGAUAAACUGCUUGAAUGAAGACAUUUUAUAUUUUUAGUUUUACAAAUUAACAUUUAUGUUAAUUGGAAAGCUGCAGCUGCCACUUACCAUAGGGCCAGUUUGUAAGAACACAGCAGCUGGUGGUCAUUUGUCACAGUUGCUUCAUUAUGUACAGGGUAUUUUGGAAAUGUGUUUUGCAUUUCUAGGGGUGUAUGCCUAAGGAUAAAUUACUCUAUGACUAUAGUUUCAGUACCCCAUAGUUUGGAGUUAUGACACAUGACAGUUGUGGUUGGAAUGUGAUAAAUUGUAUGGGGCAUUAAUGAAAUGUCCAUUGUUGUCAGUGCAAUUUACUUACAAUCAUAUGAAAUCUGAUAUGGCUUUUACAGUACAGGUAAUUGUUCAAAGUUCCGGCCCUCUUUCUGAAUGUUACCACUUACGGGUACUUUAAAUAGAGCUUGAUGUCCAAUUUUGUGUUAUAACUCUGAAACUAUGGAGUAUUAACACUAUGGUCAUGAAGUCAUUUAUUACUAUGUAUGUCUCAGGAAUACACCCCCAGAAUUAUGAAACAUUUCCAAAACACUCUGUAUAACACAUGAACCUUACUGUGACCCAGUGGCAAAUGUACUCCAUUUUGAGUUUUGCCCAUGUCAGUAAUUUAGAUGUAUUUGCUGUAAAUGAUUUUGAAAUUGCUAUUGCACAGAAUAAAGAGGAACUGUUCUUAAUAUUGAACACUAAGAGGAAAAUAGAUAUUUAGUAGAAAGCAGAUUUAUAGUAUAUUAUUCAGUACAUGUAUCUGAAUAAACUACUGGUAAGUACAAAAUAAAGGAAGUUACAAGUUUUAAAGCUAAACUAUGGCAAGAUUGGCAGUAUUUUAUGCUAUCACUGUUAACAUUAUUGUGGAAAAUAUUUUAUUUUCGCCUUCUCUACAAGUUAGCGAAGACAACAAAAACAAGGGUUGUUGCAGUAACUGUACAGUAUAAAACUGCCUCCACCUUCCUGAGGAUAAAAGCAUCCAGGUUUUGCAGGCAUUCAGUUGUGUGUAAGACUGAUUGUGGUUGUUAUUGAAGUAAUUUAUGGCCAAACACCUGGCUUAGACAACUUUAGUGUACUGACACAUCUAUAGAGUUAAAUCCUGGGAUUCACUGACAAGAAUGACUGGUACUAAGCCAAUGUUUAUUAAAAGCCUCUUGUUCCAACCAUAUUCCCUUAAAAGGGAUAUUUGUAAGGAAAGUUUACCAAUGGUGGUUGGAUGCAAAUGAGUCAUGCCACUACACUGAGUCCAUUUAUUCUGUCAGUUGAAGGUAUGGCUAUAACAAUCUGUAAUAUGGAACCAACCACACUUCCUUUACUCCUUGCUAAGUGAAGUUAUGGGUUUCCACUGUUAUCUUAACAGAAAGCAGGUAAAUACUGUACAUAUUUACAUUUUAUAUAGUACAGUACAGUACUUAAAGAAUUUUUAAAAUAAUAGUUGGUGUUGUGUUUCCCAGAAAUACUAGUUCUUUAUAACUUUUAACUCCAGGGGGUAUAUCACGUAUAUCCUGAGACACAGCCGGGGGAUGUAUCACAUGCCUAUUUUUGUAUACAGUAUAUUUUUUUUCUCCCAGAUUGGGGAGAAAUAUGAUGCCACCUGCCCUCGGUCUUAACCUAUUCACAACUGGAUGCCACUUUUAAUAUAAAAUUUGGAUGCUGUAGCUUUCCAUAAAGCUGUUGUUGAAACUGUUACUGAACCUGAAGUUGUUGUUGAAGCUGCUUAUGAGGCUGAAUAUGACAGUGUAGUUGAAGUUGAUGGUUUAGGCCUUUGAAUAAUAAAGCUGUUGAAAGAA